GGAGAAGUACAAACCCAAAGGCAAAGCGGAUCGAAGAAGCCUUUCCGACCAUGAAUGCUGCCUCAGCAGAAGCUUCAAUGAGAACGUUUUCAGUACUCGUGUGCCAAAGAGGGAAAGACUCUGCUCCAGAUGUCUGACAAAACGUAGAAUCUGUAUGUCUGCCAGCCCUGGACUUGACAGGCACAGCUUAAAAAGAAAAGCGGUUCCCUUCCAGCAGUGGAACGAUGCCCCCUUACCGACAUGUGAUGCAUGUAAAUCUCACACCAAGAGGCGGCUGAUGAGGAAAAAUUCUAAUCCUGAUCUUUGCAGUCCUCGUCGGGGCCAUGACACUGAGGGAGAAUCCUCUGAAAACAGCUCGUGUCGCAAAGGUCAAAGGUGGAGGCCGGGUGACAAUCCCAGGAAGCUCGCAGACCUUAAGAAGCCACUGGCAUGUAAGCAGAACCUGGAGAAGAGUCCUGCAGCAAUGUAUCCAAAGCUGAGGGAGAAGAACUGUGUGUGCAAUGAGCUGCAGCAUCAGCCUGUUGCUUGGGAGAGGCUACACCACUGCACCCAUGGGAAUACCAUCCGGGAAAUGGAUGAGAACUGUGCUGUGCCUCUUCAGGACAACUGGAGGAAUCUGGACCAGGGAUACCGGAUGCACAGGUGGCAAACUGAGAAAUCAUGGAUGCCUAAGAGUGACACAGAUGGCUCCAAGAAUGAAACCAGAUCACAACACUUGAACAGACACAAGAAAUCACAACCACAAUCACAAGGAACUCAUACCAGAGACACACGAUGCUGAUCUGCACGACUAGCACAAAUCUCACAAAGUGAAAAAGCACUUUUUAGAAAUUGAUGUACACUUAAUUUA